ACGCGACUCUUCGUCUUUUCAAGUUUCAACAGCAAGAUGCUAAACGCGACUCUCGUACUAUAAAAACCGCCUCUUCAAUUUUCACUUUCCUUCUACAAAAAAUACCCAGACGAAAAGAAAAAUCGAUUUUCAUAAAUUCGAAAAUGGCGGGAUCGGAGCUAGCAAUUUCCACGAACAAAUCGGAGUCAGAAAACCCCGCCCAGAAUCCUCAGAUAUCUGCAACAAUCGAUCAAUGGGAAGUUCAAUACGGGCGCUUCGUCAAUUUCAGCUCCUCCACUGUUAGGCUCACUCAUCCUUCUCUGGCGAUCCCCAAAAUACGGCUCGGCCGUGGCAUCUGGAUAUCCGCCGCCGCCGCCUCCCUCAAACUCAACUAUCAACAAUCCUUCAAUGGAUUGUACGAUGCAUCCAUCGUCAUCUCUCUCCGAUCUCGAGUCCUUGAGGAGCAUUACAUCUCCAGGGUGUGUUUCUCAUGGCCGCAAGUAUCAUGCGUGUCUGGAUUUCCUGCAAAGGGGAGCAAAGUUGUUUUGGUGAGCUAUAAAGAUGGUGUUGGCCAGAAACAGAAAUUUGCCUUGCGGUUUUCUGAUAUCUAUGAAGCAGAAAAGUUCAUGAAUCUUGUGAAGGAAAUCUUGGAAAACGGAAAUCGUCCGCUUCUUGAAUGCCCUGAAUAUAACUGUGUAUUGUCAUCUGAAGCAGAAGUCAUAUCUUCUGAUGGACCUACUUACAGAAUUGAGGGGGAUUUGCAGUCCACAACAUCAGUAGACCAUAGCACCCAACCGAUAAUUCCAAGCCCUGAACCUUAUCUAAUUCAGUAUUCAUCAUCACACGAAAUGAUAGAAGAUUACGAAGAUUCAGAGGCUAUGUCAGCAUUCCCUCCCAGUUUCACACAGUUGCUGAAGAACUGUCACCCUGAAGUUUCUCAAGGUUUUUUUUUCCGCCUUAUCUAUCAUAUUUUAUCAAAACGGUUUAUUUUAACCUUAGAUCUGCUUGCAGUAAAGCCAAAAGAACCUGCAGAAGAUCUUACAUCCCAAUUUAUGCGAUAUCUCGAGGAAACUUCUUUCACAGAGUUAUUGGCUAACGUAGAGAACAUCGUCAGUGAAUUGGGAGAUGUAGAGAUGCUGUAAAUUCCUAAACGGAAGCCCCCCAAAGCUAACCCGACUGUAACAAGUUUGUAAAUGCACUGUCCUUCAUAGCUUCCACAAACAAUCUCUCCCUCUUUUAUUGUUUUACUGGUCAAAUCCACUGGAAAUGGUAAUUUUUUUAUAAAUCAAGAAUUGCCU